AUGGGGAAAGAGCCAAAGACAGUGACCGGAGAAGAGCAUCCUUCCUGGGUCGCAAGGAGGCGGGAGAAGGAGAAGAUUCGCCGGUCUCGCUUCCGGGGGAAGAUCAUCAAGUUCGACUCCGAGGGGAUCCCCGUGCUGUGCUACAACCACAGGCGGAACUUCCCGAAGGUGAAGUCGCUCUCCCAGCAGGGCCCCGAGGGCGACGAGAGACGCGUCGAGGCCCCCAAGACGAAGAAGGGGAUCCAUCCCUCCUGGGCCGCCAAGAAAGAGUUGCGGAAGAAGAAGAAAGAAGAGAGGAAACUGCAGAGAAUGCAGGAAACAGGCAUCAUGCCCUUCCAAGGCACGAAGAAGGUGUUUCAGGAUUGACAAAAGAAGUCUGUGAUAUGAUGAAUGUCUGUCCCAAUUUUCAUUCCUCGUAAUUGUCUAUGCCAUUCUGUAUUGUCAAAUGAAGGGGGAAAAGUGCAGACUCAGACACUGAAAGACAAACAUCAUUUAUUGCUAGUGAUGCACAUACCGG